CCAUGUAGCAUUAUCUACUACCUACGUCUACCACCACCCUGAGUCCUUGUCUGGAGAAGCCCAGUGAAGUCAACAAGCAUUGACAUUGUUACAAUCUCUGGAAUCCUCUCGAGUCGGGGAGACGGCUGUUUCAUCCCCCUCCCCGAGCACGCUGCUGAGCCCGAACCAGAAAACCAGGCGCCCUCUAGGAAGAGCAGAACAGUCAGUUAACACCAAUGAGGUUCAAGAGACAACCACAUGGAGGCUUUGGACUUGCUUUUGAAUGCAGAAGUUUGCUAUUAAAACAGCUUGCCAUACCGUCAUCUAUCAGAGAUUAGCUAGCCACAACUUCCUCUUUUCACUGCGUCGAUGAUGAUGUUGACAUUAAUACGCAAACCACAUGUCAACCCUAGCGGAAGUCUGUGAACCAACAAAGCUGGGACUUGAAAAGAACGCUCAAGCUGCACGGAACACUAAAGAGGGUUCAUUAAAGUAGCCUACUGCACAACAGAGGACUAUCAGGGACGUUUUCAUCAUGGGUGUGAUUUAUUAGUCUUUCUGUUUCUUUCUGCUGAAAUAUUAGUUUGAUAUCCUCUCUUGGCAUUUUCAAUAUAGUCUUGUGCGGGUGUUUACCUGAAGGUGACCAUGUCCUUCCCCAAACUGGACCGGAUCGGAUGCCAGGUCUGCCUCGAAAACUUUCCCAAUAUCAUUCAAUUUAAGACACACCUCCGAGGCAAUGAGCACCAUAAGCAAAUGGUGGAGCUCUUCCCAAAAGGGAAAUUCCAUAAUCGAGGGUAUUUCUGCCACAUAAAUGUUAUGGAGCAUGUCGCAGAGCACCAACCGGACCGGAUGAUCAUAGGCCUGUCCAUGGUGACUGUGUGUCAUCAGGCUGAGCUGAAACACGUAUUCUACUUGUGCCAUCUGUGUGAGGAGAGCUGCACACAGAAACAGAUAAUGGGCCACCUCUACUCUCCCGCUCACCUCAUCAACUACUAUACUUGCACAGACCCUGAUGUGCUGAGUUUCUCGUGGUUUCCGGGCCCGAGUAUGUUCCAAGAUGUGAAGCCCGUAGCCAUGCGGGAUGUAAAGAAGAAUGGAAAUGGGGUCUUACAGGUUCUGGAUUUGCCUAAAGACCUGUUCUGUGUCAUCAGGGGAGCCUCUUACGCUGCAGCGAUGUCUACACUUGAGGAAAAUGAGAAGCUUGCAUCACAGCUCAAGGUGAGCAAACCAAAGUGGAUAUCGGUGCAGAGCUACGUGGCCUUCCCACGCAGAAAGCACGCCCUCCUGGGUCUCCAGCACCUGGUGGAAUGCGUCUGUGACAGGGAGAGCGGUAAGAAGUUCCACCUGUGCACGCUCUGCCAGAUCACACUGCGCGGACACGCCGUCAUCAGCCAUGCCAUCAGCUUUGACCACGUCUAUCGCUACAUUAAUGCAUGGCACCCCUCAACCCUGAGAUCCAAGCAAUGCUACACGGAGUGCAACGCCCUCUUCAAAACCAGCAUAUUGCAUUAUGCACGGCAAGCGGAGGAAAGGAGUGGGACCAACAACAGCAUCAAGCAAUUGACAGUGACGACCGAAGUGCUUAAUUUGUUGGAGGCAUCCUAUUCAAAAGCCUUGGCCACACUGGAACCCAUCAGUAGGGAGUGCAAUGGGAGAAGCUUGAUCACUAGCAUACAACCUGGAGAUCCCCUUGCAGUUGAAGAUAAAGACCAAAAAGAACAUCCCGCUAAUCCAUCUUUAAAACUACGAUGCCAGAUCUGCAAGUCUGAUGACCUUAUGUCCAACUACACCAAACAUUUGAACCAUUGGACCCAUGCUUCUGAACAGAGGAGUAUAUUUGGUUCAGCAGUUGAAGAUAAACACCAAAAAGCAGGAAUCCCUUACUUGAAGCUGUUUGGUUUAAUGAGAUGUCCGUCGGAAGAACCCAUCAUAGGUCUUCCCUUCAUUGUGGUCUGCAUCUGUUCCAAGGUUAAAAGGCCAGCAGGUUACCUAUGCUUUGCCUGUUCGGAGUACUUCUCGGACACAGAAGUCUUGACGCACAUGAGUUCUCAAAGGCAUGCCUUGUUUACAGUGCUGCAGCAGAGGGUGCCGUUUGCAUGGUACGACGAUAUGGACACAACGGUCCUGAGGCAAUUAGCACUGGAAGAGCAAAAGGCCUAUGCAGAUCGCAUUCUAAAGGUCUUUGAUAUACCUUACUCCAUAUUUUCCACGCUCAAGAUGACCUUCUACAACUUGACUAGAGGAGAAGAACUCAGGAAUGUUCAGAAACAUUUGAGAAAUGACGUUCCAUGCUUGACCAACCCGAAGCCUGAACUUCCGUUGCUAGGUCAGGAUUUUGUGGUGAAGUACAGCAUGAUGCAUGGACAGAAUUCAAAGGAAUGGAAAUUUCUCUGUUUGCUCUGUGGCCGAAAUCUGGGAACAAAGGAGAGCACUGCCCACGUGCUCAGUUAUGAACAUGCCAAGAAUUUCUUGGAAAAAGCCCACUGUGGCUCAUUGGAUUGUAGUGAUGUAAGUAGAGAAACAUUACUGGAUCUUGCAGAGCAAGCAGCAGAAAGACACCCAGUAUCAGAAAUGCAGACUCUAUUGCUUGACGAACCUCUCUUUGAAUCGAAUGAAUAUUUAAAGGCUGUUGAAAUACUCCAACGUGUGAAGCGGAGACAGAGUGACUGUGAGCUCAUCCCUGUGCUGGCAGCUGGAAAGAGGCUGGUCCCAAAUGAAGUGCUCCAGGAGAUAGGCCAUGGGCAUGCAAAAGAGGAGCCUCAAGCAGAGAGUGAGAAGUGGACCAUUAAGGGUGGGCAACCUGCUGUGGACAAACUCCACAGCAUAAGCUACACCCCUCCAAAGCGCACCAAAACUGAACCCAACAUACCUGCAGAGACUCAUGGUGGUCCAACCGGUGGGGCGACCAAAGAAAUGAAAGUGACCAAAGAGAGGGUUAGUACAGAAGCCCCUGAAACCUCCUCAAAAGGCCCUGUUAAAUCGCAACCCGAAACAAGAAUGGAAGUGGACUCUCAUCCUGGAAAGAGAAUCAAAGAGGAACCAAAAACGAGAGACGAGGUUCAGACCGUGCCCUCGGUAGUGGCGACCAAUGAAAUGCAAGUGACGAAAAAGAGGGUUAGUACAGAAACCCCUGAAACCUCCUCAAAAGGCCCUGUUAAAUCGCAACCUGAAACAAGAAUGGAAGUGGACUCUCAUCCUGGAAAGAAAAUCAAAGAGGAACCAAAAACGAGAGACGAGGUUGAGACCGUGCCCUCGCUAGUGGCAACCAAUGAAAUGCAGGUGACGAAAAAGAGGGGGAGAACAGCAACCCCUGAAACCUCCUCAAAAGGCCCUGUUAAAUCGCAAUCCGAAACAAGCAUGGAACUGGACGCUCAUCCUGGAAAGAAAGUCAAAAAGGAACAAAAAACGAGAGAAGAGGUUGAGACCGUGCCCUCGGUAGUGGCUUCAGGGCAGCCUGGGACGCCUGUGAACGUUAAACAAGAGCCGGAGAAUGAGGGAGAAGAGGCCAGAGUACAGGUGUGGACCGAAAGCUCAACACAAAUGUGCACCGCAGAAAGCAUGGAAGAGACAGCCAUGUCGAGAAAGAGGAAGGCUCAGGGAAGUAGUGAGGAGGCUGGAAGCCAACGACUGCGACUCUGCCUUGUGGAUGUAUCAAAAACAACAGCAAAUCCCUCUGGACAUCUGACCGGAGUGGAUGAUAGGAAUGCCACAGAAAAGGCCUUGUUGGAAGAUGUCAAACCAGCUAGAGCUCAACUAGAUAAAGUUCUCGCUAGCCCUCCUGCAUUUCCUUAUAAAUUGUGGGAUUUUAUCAAGAUGAAGGAUCGUGAGCCAGUGAUUGGUUUACAUGCACUCAUUGAAUGCCAUUGUGAACCAUACGCUCCAAUCUACCUUUGCAAAAGCUGCUGCGUGAAAGUCCAUGAGAAAGACAUCCUUGGACAUAUCACUGGAAUGAAACACCGAAUGCGGUAUCUGAAAUUGCAAUCCAUAAAUGUGAAACGACAGCAGUUGGCCGUCAGAAUCGCUGCAGCUGAACAGGAACGACGGGCUGGAUUUGGAGAAGCUCAGGUUGUUGAGCUCACUCCAGAGCAGUUUGGUGAAAUGUCAAAACAAAGCUAUGAUUUCGGCCUGCUGUUAUGUCAGAACACAAUACAGAGAUCUCCUCCCGCCCCAAAGGUGUUGACAUGCAAACCUGAUGCUGUGAGACCCUCUGCAGCACAAAAGCAAUCUCCAUCUUUGGCCCUAUCGACUUCUUCUGCCUGUGGCACAGGCGAAACUACACACGUAGCCAAUCAAACUAAAGCACAAAAAACAGAAUAUAAGGUGGAAUCCUUAUCCACACUUGAAAAUAGGGUAUCGGUGAAGGGGUUAGAUACUGAAAAAAAUAGUCCAAGUGCAGAGACAGGCAAAGUGUUUGUGCACAAAAUUGGAAUCCCUUCAAAAACCAUUGUAGAAAAAUGUAUACCUGCACCCUCCAUCAUAUCCAUGGCCCCAUCUAUUUCUUUAUUAUCCCCCCAAACCAGGGUCACAUUUGCAAAACCUCUUGAAACCUCUCCCAAGUCGAGUCCAUCCAUCAAAAAUACGUUGACGCAUGCCUUAAAAGUGGUCAGCGACUUCGAAUCUGCCAAAUUCCUCGGAUCUGCGACCUUAUCCAAAAUUGAAGCGCAGACUAAAGGGCGAACAACCCAUGACCCACAACCGCUGCCUGAAACAAAACAGCCAUCUUUAUCUGUGGCUAUCAUGCCUACUUCCAACACUGCUCCCCUUGUUAGUGACUCAGGCAAAACUACAUUCUUCCCCCCUAAACCUAAAGCGCAAAAAACUGGAUUGCCGGAGAACAAAGCAACCUCUUCCCCCACCCUCAACAGUGGUGCAACCUUCAAGGUCUCGCGCACUGAUGCAAACACUCAAAUCACAGUGACUUCCAGAUCAGUUGUGCCUGAAAUUGGGAUCCCUGCAAAAAACCCUGUUGAAGAAUUCAUACCUGCACCCUUCUUCAAACCCGUUGCCACGGCGCUUUCUAUAUCAACCUCCCAAUCUAGUGUUGCAGUUGUAAAGACUCCUGCAACCUCUUCCAAGUCUAUUCCCUCCACCUUGAAUACGUUGACAAUUUCCUCCAAAGGGAUCAACGCAUCAAAAUUGGGGAACGCCCUCAGAGCUGUGACCCCGUCCAAAGACGCAGCUCCCGCUAUGGACCAAGAGCGAACAAACCCGGAUGCCAGCAUCGUUUGCAAAAGCACCCCGAUUCCCCACAGUGGUAUUUUUUCCUACCCACAACCUGUCGUGGAAGCUCUGUCCCCCACAAGAUCGCUCCUCUCCAAACCGCCAGUGGAACGAAGUACUGCCAGCACAGAGCAGGGCUUGGGGUCCGCCUCACCGACCACACCAGUCUACAGCCCCUCCACCUUCCCACCAAACCACACGGCGGUGGCCGAUUCCUCCAAGGACCAAAGGUCAAAAAACCAACCAGUUGUCGGAACGGGCAGCCUUGUCGUGGUAAAAUGUGAAAAGAGGCGCCAGUCCUACUGUCUGCUGUGCUCGGUCCGGCUGAGAAAGGGGGAUCACAUGACCAGCAACAGCCACCGUUAUAAAUAUCUGAAGUUCCAUUCUUUUGCCUGGGAUUUGGACGAGAAGAGGAUGCUGACAGCGGUCACUCACCUGGCUGAUCUAGAGAAGGUGCAAGGGACUGUCGUCAAGACGUUGGUGGUGAAUGGUGAGAUUUACAACCGUCUGGGAACUAUUUCUGAAGAAAAAGCUCUAGCUAAAGUGAGGGAACUGUUGGAAUCCCAGAGUCUCUCAUCCACCAAAGCCAAAGCAGAAGGCCUCCCAUGUGUCUCUGUUUCCCACGCAGCGUCAAGCACAGCUGAUGUAGAGAAGAGCAACGAGGUCCCUCGUCCUAUGGCCGCUGGCUCACCGACACAAGCACUUCCCUCGCUCCCCCGGGCAUUAGAAGAACCCAAGAUGCACAUCACACAGCCCGACCCUGCCCCACGUAGGGAACCCAGUCCCCAGGGACCAGUGGGCCGUCCAACGGCAGAACUGGACCACCGGCCUUCAGCUAACUCCAAACACAAUGGAGAGAGCAUACCGCAGAUGGAGCAGAAAGUAGAGAAUAGCAACGAGGUCCCUCGUCCUAUGGCCGCUGGCUCACAGACACAAGCACUUCCCUCGCUCCCCCGGGCAUUAGAAGAACCCAAGAUGCACAUCACACAGCCCGACCCUGCCCCACGUAGGGAACCCAGUCCCCAGGGACCAGUGGGCCGUCCAACGGCAGAACUGGACCACCGGCCUUCAGCUAACUCCAAACACAAUGGAGAGAGCAUACCGCAGAUGGAGCAGAAAGUAGAGAAUAGCAACGAGGUCCCUCGUCCUAUGGCCGCUGGCUCACAGACACAAGCACUUCCCUCGCUCCCCCGGGCAUUAGAAGAACCCAAGAUGCACAUCACACAGCCCGACCCUGCCCCACGUAGGGAACCCAGUCCCCAGGGACCAGUGGGCCGUCCAACGGCAGAACUGGACCACCGGCCUUCAGCUAACUCCAAACACAAUGGAGAGAGCAUACCGCAGAUGGAGCAAAAAGGAGAGAAGAUUCUGGGGCCAAGCGAUUUGUCCACCUUUCUGAUGGUCCACUGCAGCAAAGAACCAAUCAUCGGUCUGGCCUUGGUGUUUGAGUGUCGUGCGCUGUUCGAGGAGACGUUCUACCUGUGUGGAAGCUGCAUGAAGACAUUCCCCAUCAAGCUCAUAUGUAAACACAUAGUGAGCGCCCAACACCAGCGCACAUACAUGUUGAAGGAAUACCCCCAUUUCAUGAGCUGGUGGGAUCAGGACUUUUCUCCAGAGGAGAAGGAGGGGCUGCUGACGGACAUCUCCUGGAAGAUCUCUGAAAAGGAGGGCUAUGACCAAAUGGACGCCCAGGUUAUAAUGCUGCGCAAAGACUGCUAUGAUUACAUUCGGCAGGCUUCUUUCAUCGAAGCCCUGGACACGCUACAGAACAUCAGCAGAGAGAAGAGGCCGAACCGUCUGUCUGGAUAUUCAACACAACUCGGCCCGCAGACUCCAGAGACCCCUUCCACCAGAGAGUCAAUGGAGUCCAACACAAGAGAGAAGGACGGCCCCCCUUUCCCCAUGUACAGUGUCCCCCAAGACAUUGUAAAUGGUUGCCCAACUCUGCCAGUGAUCGGGAUCUGUGCCAUAGUCGAGUGCAGCUGUGAGGGGCACACUCCCUUCUACCUGUGUUUGGCCUGUGGUAACCGUCUGAGCCAAGACCUGGUGCUCCCUCAUGUCAAGGGCCAAAGACACAUCCAGGAGUAUCUGAGUGAGCGGUAUCCCCAGGCGGACGAUCUCGGAGUGGAGCCCGCCCAGCUCCUGCAGCCGGCCAGAGGGCUGGAGGAGCUGAACCUGGACGAGCCCAGCACCAUGCAGAGGAUAGCCCUGCCCAAGGAGGACUUCAUCAGGAUCCGAACCAUGACCUUUGACCCAGCUCUGUCCAGUCUCAUGACCAUCUGUGAGAACCAGAGGCCGUUGGAGAUCCCGACCCGCGUGACUAGCAGACCCGAACCUGCAGUGAAGCGCCACUUUGAGGUCGGUUGGACCGAUGCAGAUAAAGUGAAGCGUCAGCGACCGCUGAGCCCCCCCGCUGACCGCGUGACGCCGACGCUGUUUCCAGUCUCUUGUCCUCACAGCCCAUUCGGGAGCAAUACUCCAGCAGCUACUGUACCACUCGUGUCCCUGACCCAUGAACCCAAAAUGGGACCAGUCCCAAGUUUCUCGAAAGACGAGACGAAACGUGCAGUUAACCAUGACCCUGGGUCCAAGGUGUCCCUAAGUAUUGAGCAUUAUAGACAUGAAGAGUCUCCAAAAGUCACCAUCUCGUACUACCCAGGUCAACCCCAAGUUCUGAGCUCUGUGCCGCCUGCCUCUAACCCCCAUGCUGAGAUCACUGCUGAGGCACUGCUUCCCCAGGCGGACCUCGACUUUCAGGGGAACUUGAGGCGAGAACAUGUCCAAACAGGGACUUAUUUCAGUUCCAGGCUGCAACAAAUCAGAAACGGACGUAACCGAAGGCUGCUUCAGUUACUAACGGCACCUUCCAGCUCUCCCCCUAUUGUGAGCACUGAGCCAUCAGCUGCUAACCUCGGCACAACGGCUUGCAGUGGCCGAUCAGCAAGCACCCAAAACAACAGCCAUACUCACGUCACAGAGGAGACGCCAGGCAUCCCUGGCUCUCAGGGCUACAGCACAGGACAGCCCGGCUACCCAACCACCCCGUACCAUGCCAGCGGUUAUUUGAGCCACCACCAACCCCCCCCCAUGCCUACGGUGGCUGACCCGCCCCGCUACCCUACACAUAUGAACCACGUUCCCAACCAGGGUCUUCAGCAGCAACACUAUGCUCAUUACGUCUUGCCAAACCAGGCCCAGAGUAUCGCCAUGGCAAGGGGACUACCCCAAUACUGGCCGAGCGUCACCCAAGCUACGGCCUGGUCACACGGAGCGACGGCUCCAUCCUAUCACGGCGCAGCGUUCUCCGAAAGUGCUGCCAGCUAUUCACAAGAGUUGCCAAACGCAUUCAGAAACAACACGGCCAUGUCUGACCCCGGGUAUCCCCCACCUCAGGGUACCCCCAACCUGCUGAACCUCCAGGGCUUUCAGGCCACCACACACUAUGGUACAUCCGCUACUGCCGCCGGAGUGGUGGGCGCUGAAGGUAACCCUCAAGGCACGGUUGCCUUUCACUUCUCCAACAGCGCUGGCAAUGGGACCAGCUAACAAGCCCAGUGUUCUCCUGUUGCUUCUGUUCGUUAUUUUACUUACAAGAUUGUUGACAGCGCUUCCCACGCGAUAUCUUGUUGUUCAGCAAUCAACGUUGCAUCAACAUUAUACAUUUUAUUGAUGGUUGUUCUUAGUUUUGGUUCAGUGAAUCUUGAAAUGAAGUAUGUUUUUUUAACUUGAUUUACAAAAGGCUUUAAAAUGUUCUUGAAGCAAACUGUAUUUGUAUGUGAUUGAAUAGAUUUUGUUGGUUGAUAAAUAUUUUUUUUAUAUUUGUGUGGGACUUCUUUAAAGUGUAUGUAACCAUUCACUCCUCAUGGAGGAAAUUCUGAAAUAAAUGACACAAUGACAAAUAAAUGAAAUAAAUUGCAGGUAACUUACCAUUCUAACUUC